AUGGAAGGCAAGAAGCGAAGUAGCCAAGGUGAAGAUGACGGUCAAUUGAAUCCUAUGCUUUCUACCCGCCAACACAUUACGGCCCUUCCGGGCCUUAUCCUUUCCUCCUCUUCUGUCUACUGGGGCCUUUCGAAGGACCGUCUGCACAAUGUUGCGAUGUCCAACAUCUCGGUCACGUAUUCCACUUCGACGACCUACAACAACCACGUGCUGAUCAGCGGCCUUUGGCCCGAUACGACCUACUUCUAUCACCCGUCGCCGCUCAUGAAGAGCACCUCGACCGACAUCUUCAACUUUACAACGAGCCGCAGGGCUGGUGACAACACCCCCUUCUCGGCCGCCGUCGUCAUUGACCUCGGUACCAUGGGUAGUUUGGGCCUGACCACAUCCGCGGGCGCUCCCGUGACGAGUACCAAUAUUCUUCGGCCAGGAGAGAAGAACACUAUCGACUCGUUGGAAAGCAGCCUCGCUGACUUCGACUUCCUCUGGCAUGCGGGCAACAUUGCGUACGCCGACUACUGGCUCAAGGAAGAGAUCCAGGGAUUCCUGCCCAACACAACGAUUCAGGGAGGGGCCGCCGUGUAUGAGUCGAUUCUGAACGAGUUCUACGACGAAAUGAUGGCCAUCACCGCCAGCAAGUCGUACAUGGUGGGCCCCGGCAAUCACGAGGCGAACUGUGACAAUGCUGGCACCACGGACAAGGCGCACAACAUCACGUACGAUAGCAGUAUCUGUAUGCAGGGCCAGACCAACUUCACCGGCUUCAAGAACCACUUCCGCAUGCCUAGCGACGUCUCCAGCGGCACCGGCAACUUCUGGUACAGCUUCGACCAUGGCAUGGUGCACUUCAUCGAGCUCGAUACCGAGACCGACCUGGGCCAUGGCUUCAUCGGCCCCGACCAAACCGGCGUAUUCAAGGGUUUCACCGAUGUGGAUCCGGUCAAUGCGACCAUGAACGCGCAGAUUACCUGGCUGGAAGCCGAUCUGGCGGCCGUUGACCGCUCCAAGACUCCCUGGGUUGUUGUGGCCGGCUACCGGGCUGUGACGAACCGUUACAACAACACCGAUGAUACCUGCCCCACGUGCAAGGACGUCUUCGAGCCGUUGCUGAUCAAGUACAAUGUCGACCUGGUGCUGUCGGGCCAUUCGCACGUCUACGGGCGCCUGGCACCACUGGCCGAGGGCAAAGAGGAUUCCAACGGCCUGGAGAAUCCCACUUCUCCCUGGUACAUCACCAACGGCGCAGCUGGCCACUACGACGGCCUCGACCCCCUGCAGAGCCCCCGCCAGCCUUACAGCCGCUUCGGCCUUGACACGACCAACGCCACCUACAGUUGGAACCGCCUGAUCUUCUACAACUGCACCCACCUGACCCACGAUUUUGUCGCCAGCAACAACAACACCGUCCUCGACUCCGCCACUCUGUUCAAGGCCCGUACUUGCAGCGAGCGUAGCGAGCACCACUGA